UCGAAGAACAGCGCACAGGAGCACAGCAGCUCGGUCUCCCCCUUCCGACGGACUCAUAUCAACGAUUGGCGGAUAAUGAAGCAGGGGAAUAAAAUCAAUUGAAAAAUGAGAACAGAAAUACGGAACUAAUGCGAUAAAAAAAGUGUAGUGAUCCGCGAUAAAAAUAAUAUUAGUUCAAUGGUGGUGGUUAUAUCCGUUUGAUAAACAAUUGAAAAACGGUGAUAGUAAAUAAAAUAGAGUAGAGCGGAGCAAUUGCGACGAUUCGAGGGGCGUAGAAGGGUGCAGAGGAGAAAAGAAAAGCUGCACGGGUAGUCCGUCAGGUGGCAACCGAGUGGUGAUCGCUGGUCGCGAUUCGAGCGGCACCUACGUCGUGGGAGCGAGCAAGCGUGGCUAAUCAAGGCACCGAAGAAAGAUGAGCAGCUCGGAGGAGGUAUCCUGGAUUUCCUGGUUCUGCGGCCUGCGAGGAAAUGAAUUCUUCUGCGAGGUCGACGAAGACUAUAUUCAGGAUAAGUUCAACCUCACUGGCCUGAAUGAACAAGUACCGCACUACCGUCAGGCGCUAGACAUGAUCCUGGAUUUGGAACCUGAUGAUGAUUUGGAUGACAAUCCAAACCAAUCGGACCUGAUAGAACAGGCAGCUGAGAUGCUCUAUGGGCUGAUCCAUGCACGCUACAUUCUGACGAAUCGUGGUAUCGCUCAAAUGAUAGAGAAAUAUCAAGCGGGUGAUUUCGGCCAUUGUCCCCGUGUUUAUUGCGAGUCACAGCCGAUGCUGCCGCUUGGUCUCAGUGAUGUACCAGGCGAGGCGAUGGUCAAGAGCUACUGUCCUAAAUGCAUGGACGUUUAUACGCCCAAAAGCUCGAGACACCAUCACAACGAUGGAGCUUAUUUUGGCACCGGAUUUCCACACAUGCUCUUCAUGGUUCAUCCGGAGUAUCGACCGAAGCGUGCCGCUAAUCAAUUUGUACCUAGAUUAUACGGGUUCAAGAUUCACCCGUUAGCUUACCAGAUUCAACAGCAAUCGGCUUCGACAUUCAAAGCGCCCCUACGAUCUUCACUGUACAACAAUGGAAAACGCUAAAAAAUAUCGUUGCAAAUCGAGUGGAUUCAACGAAAUGGAAAAAGAUGAAAAAAAAAUCACACGUACACAUACACACAUGGAAGAAAGCCAACGAUAAAAAGUUGAAGAAAAUCAGACGGUGAAUGAGGCAAAAAGAAGCAGAGGCAAAGAGAGAGAAAGAGAAAGGAACAAAAAUUCGAACGAGCCUGAGAAAAGAUUAGACUUAAACAAUUUUCCCUCUCGUUCCCCGAUGGCUAGAUUUGGAGUUAAAUAUUAUUUUUUUACAUCUGAUAUCGUGAUGAAUUAGGACGUAAUUUAAAAAAAGUUGAAUUCGCGAAAAACGAACUUUCUCAAUCGACCACGAUUAUAAAUAUAUUUUUUUUUAAUUGUUGAUAUCCGGUCGGGAUCUGUGUUUUUAUUUCAGUUUUUCUUUUUUUCGUUGAUACUUUUUUCCUUUGGGUCUCAUUGCAAUUAUAUCUGCCGAAGGGGGGGGGGGAGGUGAGAUUGUCGAGAAAUAUACAUUUUAGUAUCUUCUUACAACACACGCGAAUAAACGACAAAAAAUACAGAACGCCCUGUUCGCCUUAAUUUUUUGCGCUGAAGACAAGUUAUUUUAAACUAGGAAAAGAUUGAAAUAAUAGAAGUAUCAUAGCCAUGGUAAUAAUUAAAUAGGAAAAAAACGGAGCCACGUCGAGCCAUGGCGACUCUUCUUUUCUCCCCCCCCCCCCCUCCCCGCCCCUGCCCCCUCAGUCUCACGUUUAUGUAAUAUGGACGAAGAGCUAACGAAAAUGAAACGGAAGAACAUAGAAUAAUUCAUCGUAGUGUUUAAGAAUUGGGAAGAUUGAUGGAGAAGCGAUUGAAAAAUAAACAAAACGACGAAGAAACAAAGGAGCAAUUUUAACUCCGAUAUAAAUGAACAAUUGAAGUGGAUCGUUGAAUUCCGAUCGCCAUCAAGGUAGUUCCUAACUUUUUUAGGCGAGUCCUUAAAAAUGCGAUUUUGUGAACAACUAGAACGAACUCCACAUGGAAUUGUUUCUUUUGCUUGUGCGAGUUGGUGAAAGGUGUAUAAAAAAAAAGAGGGAAGAAAAAUCAGUUAAGAAAACGUUGAAAUAACCGUGUUUGAUAAGCAUAAUUUAUAAAUUAACUUGAUAAUAGAUUUUAAAAAACACAAAAAAUGAUGAAAAAAGAAAAUAUCUUGCGUGAUGGUAUCAUUGACUUUAUUGAACGUGAUCGUUCCGUGAGAGCAGCUUUGUGUAGUUUUUAUUAAAUGAGAAAAACUGAACGAACGAGAGAGAGAGAGAGAGAGAGAGAGAGAGAGCAAGAGAACGAGAGAGUGAGAUACAGACACACAAUACACAAACUUAUAAGUACGAAUUUGAGAAAUAAUUAUAGGAAUGUGCCUGUUCAACGGUCAGAUAUACGAUUUUUAUUAUCUUCCCUCGUGAGAAAAUCGCGAAUGGUGAAUAAUUCCUUCCCCUUUCCUCAUAGUCAUUAUGCCAUUUUGAGAUCGAUUAUAUAUCAUACACCAUAUUACUUUCCCUUCCUUCUCUAACGACUUAUUCCUCAUAUAUAAAUAUGUAAUUUUUCCACCGAGAAUACGUGCAUACAAGGAACACCAUUAUUUUGACUACACGUUUCCUUGAUUACAGGUUAUACUCAAUGUGAAAAAUGAAGAGGAGGUGCAAAAACGAAAAGAAAGCUGUUUUUCCGUAUAACGUUUCCUUUUUGUCCCUAUUGCAAUUUCCCAUAAAAAAAAACUUGUUUAAGUAAAUAUUGUCAAAUCGAUAUGAUCUUUAAUUAAAAUGAAAAAACUGACUACUAUAUAUUGCAGAA